UAUAAACACAAAACUCAAUAAUUUGUUUGAGCGUAAAACCAACAAAUUUGUCAUUUAAUAUUAAGUAUAAUGUGUGCUUGAAGAUAAGCACUUUUGCCAAAACAAAUUGUUGAUAAUAAAGAAAAAAAAAACAAUUUUAUUAUUUCGGCAGAAUUUCUACAUCUAUGUCAUACAUUCUAUGAGCAUUUUUUUCGGUAGAAAUCCAUCUUCAUUUCUGUAAUCUGUCGUAUGAUGAGUAAAUGCAAAAAAAACAUGAUAUUGAGAAAAAAAAAAAUCUAUAUACAUGCAUCAUGCAUGAUUUGUUUGUGAGCAAUAGGAUAUAAAUAACGUUCAGGUCACCAGAGAAAUCACUCAAAUUUGUUAUUUUUAAUGAACAAGUCAAAUCCCAUAUAAUGACCACUGAUUUAAUAGAAGAUCACGAUAGUUUGCAUUUCGCUGCCAAAACGGGAAACUAUGAUGAGGUGAAAAGAUUAAUUGAUAGUGCAGCAGAUGUAAAUCAGAAGGAUGGCAGCAAUAGAACCGCGCUUCAUCUUACUAGUGAUUUAAAUAUUGUUCGGUUACUUCUUGAAAAUGGGGCCGAUCCAAAUGCAAAAGCUAAUGGAGAUAGCACUCCACUUCACGCAGCAGUUAUUAAUAAUAGUGAUAUUGGUGUUUUUGAACUAUUGUUUCAUUGUGGCGCUGAUUUAAAUUCCAGAGACGACCCGUAUGGAAGCACCCCGUUGCAUUACGCAGCUUGGCUUGGUAAACCGAAUCAAGCAAAAAUACUGAUUGAACUUGGAGCAGAUCUGAGGGUGAGAAAUAACACAGAGGCAAGAACGCCACUUAUUGAUGCACUUAAUCAAGGGCAUGACGAACUCAUUCGUAUUUUGAUAGAAGCCGAGAAUAUAAUUUUGUAAUUAUAGAAAAUGUCAAAAAUGGAUUUGAAAAAAUUAUAAUGUUUUUUUCUUUAAUUGCCGGAAA